UAUUUGCUUUUCAUGAAAGCAUUCAAACAAACUUAAAGGCGUAAAAUUAAUAAAUUUAGUUGCAUCGACAAGAAGAGGCGGCAGGCGGGUGCCGAAGAGAUGGAAUUUAAAGUACUUCACAUAUCAGCUGGCGCGCAGUUGAUAAACCAGAUUUUGCUUUCACGUUGCUCCACCGUGUUGAGAAGCGAAAUGGAAGACGACGCCGGAGAUAAAUCCAGCUUCAUAGUCGGCUUAAUCGAGAACCGCGCUAAAGAGGUUGGAGUGGCUGCAUUUGACUUGAGAUCGGCUUCAUUUGACCUUUCUCAGUAUAUUGAGACCAGCAGCUCCUACCAGAACACGAAAACGUUACUGAAUUUUUAUGAACCUACGGUCAUUAUAGUUACUCCUACUAAGCUGGCUCCUGAUGGUAUGGUUGGUGUCUCUGAAUUGGUCAACAGAUUUUGUCCAUCAACCACAAAGGUUAUUAUGGCUCGUGGUUGUUUUGAUGACACCAGGGGAGCUGUGCUAGUAAAAAAUUUAGCUGCCAAGGAACCAUCUGCUCUUGGUUUGGAUACUUAUUACAAGCAAUAUUAUCUUUGCUUAGCUGCUGCGGCUGCAACCAUCAAAUGGAUAGAAGCAGAGAAAGGGGUGAUCAUCACUAACCACUCAUUAUCUGUUACUUUUAAUGGAUCAUUUGAUCACAUGAAUAUAGAUGCUACUAGUGUCCAGAACUUGGAACUAGUUGAGCCGAUGCACUCUAGUCUGUGGGGAACUAACAACAAAAAGAGAAGCCUGUUUCACAUGCUCAAGACGACACGGACUGUUGGAGGGACGAGACUUUUGCGAGCUAACCUCUUGCAGCCACUUAAGGAUAUCGAGACUAUCAAUGCCAGACUCGAUUGCCUGGAUGAGUUGAUGAGCAAUGAGCAGCUGUUCUUUGGGUUGUCCCAGGCUCUCCGUAAGUUUCCAAAAGAAACAGAUAAGGUCCUCUGUCACUUCUGCUUUAAGCAAAAGAAAGUUGACAAUGUCAUCCUGGUCAACGACAAUUCUAGAAAGAGCCAAAUCUUAAUAUCCAGCGUUAUUCUUCUCAAAACUGCUCUAGAUGCCUUACCAUUACUGUCCAAGGCUCUUAAGGAUGCCAACUGUUUCUUACUAAAAAAUAUUUACAAAUCCGUAUGUGAGAGCGAAAAAUUCCCUUCCAUGAGGAAAAGGAUCGCGGAGGUGAUUGAUGAAGAUGUUCUUCAUACACGUGUUCCUUUUGUUGCCCGAACUCAACAGUGUUUCGCUGUCAAGGCAGGAAUUGAUGGACUUUUGGAUAUUGCGAGGCGGUCCUUUUGCGACACUAGUGAAGCAAUACACAAUUUGGCAAAUAAGUAUCGUGAGGAUUUUAAGCUGCCAAAUUUGAAAAUUCCAUACAACAAGAGACAAGGCUUUUACUUUAGCAUUCCUCAGAAGGACAUACAGGGAAAACUCCCUAGCAAGUUCAUCCAGGUUUCAAAACAUGGAAACAACAUACACUGUUCUUCUCUGGAACUGGCCUCCGUGAGUAUACUGAUAACUUUUUACAAUGCUUGUCAUAAUUUGAAUGUAAGGAAUAAGUCUGCAGCUAAAGAGUGUUAUAUUAGAACAGAAUUUUGUCUGGAAGCUCUAAUUGAUACUAUACGAGUGGAUGUUUCUGUGCUCACUCUUCUGGCAGAGGUCUUAUGCCUUCUAGAUAUGAUAGUAAAUUCAUUUGCUCAUACAAUAUCCACAAAGCCAGUUGACCAAUAUACUAGACCUCAAUUUUCGCAUGAUGGUCCUUUGGCAAUUGACUCAGGAAGGCACCCCAUCCUUGAAAGUGUACACAAUGAUUUUGUUGCCAACAACAUUUUUCUUUCUGAAGCAUCAAAUAUGGUAAUAGUCACGGGUCCAAACAUGAGUGGAAAGAGCACUUACCUUCAGCAAAUUUGCCUGGUUGUCAUCCUUGCUCAGAUUGGUUGUUAUGUUCCUGCUCGUUUCGCAACUUCUAGAGUAGUUGAUCGCAUAUUUACUAGGAUGGGAACUAUGGACAACGUUGAGUCGAACUCCAGCACGUUUAUGACCGAGAUGAAAGAGACGGCUUUCAUCCUGCAAAAUGCUUCUCAUAGGUACAUUGGCAAAAUGAAAUCUAAUCCUCUACGUGAAUUGAUUGAGUUAAUUGUCCAUCACACAACUUUCUAUACUGUACACAGAAGUCUGAUUGUUGUGGAUGAACUGGGAAGAGCAACAUCUUCCUCUGAUGGACUUGCGAUUGCCUGGAGCUGCUGCGAGCAUCUACUGGCUUUAAGAGCGUACACAAUAUUUGCUACUCACAUGGAAAACCUAUCUGAAUUGGCCACCAUUUAUCCGAACGUGAAAAUCGUUCAUUUUGACGUCGAGGUUCAGAACAAACGCAUGGAUUUCAAGUUUCAACUGAAAGAUGGGCCACGGCAUGUAGCGCAUUACGGCCUCAUGCUAGCGGAAGUAGCUGGGCUGCCUAGUUCAGUGAUAGAAUCAGCUAAGAGCAUCACAUCAAAGAUCACCCGACAGGAUGCGAAGAGAAUAGAGAUGAAUUUCCAGCAUUAUCACGAUAUUCAAAAGGCUUACCGUGUUGUUCAGCGGCUGAUAUGCCUUAAAUAUUCCAACCAAGAUGAAGAUUCUAUUCGCCAUGCAUUGCAGAAUCUUAAAGAAAGUUACAUUGGUGGUGGGCUUUAGUGCUCCGGAAUAACUGAUGAUGUUUAAAGAAGAUGAGAUUUUGAAGUUUGUAAAAUUAAUCAGAAGGCUUUUGUUUGGUAAAUGAAAACUAUAGGUGGAGAUUGAUAUGAGAUUAUGCAAACUAUAAGUGCGAUGAUUAUAAUACAACCCAACUUGUUAGACAAUGUUUUAAGAGUAAAUUUACUUUGUCAGAUCUAACUCAUUGAAUCAUAUUGUUUCAAGUCCAUAUCUUCCACUUAUAUAAUAAGGGAGAGUUUUACUUAAUUUUUAU